GCCAUAAGCAGCUUAGCCAGUCAAGCACAAUUCCAAAUCCUUCCAUGGCGGGCAGCAUUUCUGGUCUCAAAUUCUUGAAACCGCUUUACCCGCCGCCCACACCAUUCUCAAGAAAAUCUUCUCAGCCUUUCAGACCUAAAUGCGACUACUCUUGCUUCGAAGUUAGGGAUGUUAGCUAUAGGCCACCAGGGACCCAGCUCAGCCUUCUAAAUUCAGUUAGCUUUUCCCUGCCUGAGAAAAGCUUUGGCUUAAUUUUCGGACGGAGUGGAAGUGGAAAAACUACUCUCUUGCAGCUGCUUGCAGGGCUAAAUAAACCGACUUCUGGCUGCAUUUGUGUUCAAAGAUAUGGAAAUGAUGGAUAUCCCAGUCAGGCUCCCGAACCCUUGCCCUCAGAGAGAGUUGGUAUUGUCUUUCAGUUUCCUGAGAGGUAUUUUGUGGCAGAUAAUGUGCUUGAGGAAGUUACAUUUGGAUGGCCUAGGCUAAAGGGUGAUCUUCAAGUGAAGGAGCAUCUUGCUCUGAGACUUCAACAAGCAAUUAACUGGGUUGGUUUAAAUGGAAUCUCAUUGGAUAAAGAUCCUCAGUCUCUUAGUGGUGGUUACAAACGUCGUCUCGCAUUAGCAGUCCAAUUGGUGCAAACUCCUGAUUUGUUGAUAUUGGAUGAACCUCUUGCUGGUCUUGAUUGGAAGGCGCGUGCAGACGUUGUGAAACUUUUAAAGCAUCUAAAGAAAGAGUUGACUAUACUAGUUGUCAGCCAUGACCUCAAAGAGUUGGCUGCUCUAGUUGAUCAAUCAUGGGUGAUGGAAAUGGGUGGGAUUCUUAAGGAAGAGCCACUACCUGUUUAAUUUGAGGAUACUUCUUCCUAUACAACUUUGCUGCUGUGACUCUGAGGAGACAGGACUAGAAGUAUAGAAGCAAGUGGAGUUGCACUUUUACUAUUUUUUUGUUCUGUUGUUUGUGAACCCCUCAUGUGUACAUGGCUGCGCGAUUUACAAGCUAUAAUGCUGCAUCGCCGACUACGUAGAUUGCCCAUAUCAAGCAUCUUUUGUAUGGAGAAGACAUGAAAACAAGGUUGCUGGCCAGGUAAUAUGAGCAAAUACCCCACAAGCAACUUUGUAAGUUUUAGUGAGCUGGGUUAGAGGAAGAUGUUAUGAGCUCUGAGACAAAACCACCCACUUACAGCCAUCUUUUCUAUUUCCAAUAAACCCUUUUUUCCACUAGCGGGCUUGAUGCUUUCUGCCUUUUUGGGAAAUAACUGAAAAGCCCUGCACGAGUGGCGAAUGUGUCAGUCUUAGGUAGAGAGAGAGAGAGAAAGAAGUGCACCUGUGCAAACGUCUUCAUUCGUCCGCUGUCUAUCUCCACUUUUGCGCAUGUAGCUGAGUUGAGAACUCUGAUUUGACCACACUUGGGUAGUUUCUUUCCUGUUUUAACCUACAAAAGAAUAAUAAUAAUAAUAAUAAUAAGA